CACAAUCUAUCAACAUAUUUCAACAGAUCAAUUAAACCAACAACCUACAAUCUAUCAAAAACAUCGACAUUGAACUCGAUAAUAACUCCAACCAGCGAAAGUUUCAAAAUCGUUAACAUGUCACUUCGACUUCAAACAUUAUACAUUUCAUAUAUAGCUAAUGCCUAACAUAGUCCCGUGACAUUUGGGUGCGAGGAAAGUAUUUUGAUAAGCCCUAAUUUUCGAGAAAAUUGGAUAUUCUUCCGUUAUUCAUCCCCUGUUUUAGUUGAAAAACCCUAACUUAUUAAGUUUCGACUUCUUUUCCUAUUCUUAAAGGUUUUUCUUUCGAAAGAGAAGUUGCAAUGCUUGCCAGAAGAUUCAAAUGUAAAAAUCAGAGGUGGGAGGAAAUUUUCCAAUCAUUAAAGUAUUCGAUAAGAUUGUAUGGGAAUGAUUGUUUGAGUAUUCAAUGCAAUCAUGGAGUUUCAAUCACGGGAAAUGAUUCUUUUCGGGGCAAUUAUGUACGGCAGCAUAUGUUAGAAUCUUGUAGGGCUUUUGACGCUGUAAGAAGUUCAUUCCCGUUCAUUGGGAGGUCAUAUUUUUCGUGGCAGGGUGGUGGUUCUCGAUUUUAUAGUUCAAAAGACAGUGGGGGGAAUGCUAGAGAUGAGGAACAUGUAUCAGUUAGGGAUGGGGUUAACUUUGAUAAGAAUGGUGCUCGACAGAUAGGACCUAAGGGAGAUGCGCUUCAAUAUGAUCAGCAUGCUCGGUUGGGCGAGCAGGAGCAGAAGGAGUGGCUUACGAACGAGAAGCAAGCUAUUGAGAAUAAAAGAAAACAGUCCCCUUUUCUUACUCGCGGUGAAAAGCUUAAAAAUGAAUUCUUGAGGAGGAUCAUUCCAUGGGAGAAGAUCACUGUUUCAUGGGAAACGUUUCCCUAUUAUGUUCAUGAUCAUACCAAAAGCCUCUUAAUGGAUUGUGCUUCUUCCCACAUACAACACAAGAAAUUAACCUCUGCAUAUGGGUUUCGUUUACGGUCUUCGAGCGGGAGGAUACUACUUCAAAGUGCUCCAGGCACGGAACUCUAUCGAGAGAGAUUGGUUAGAGCACUUGCUCGUGAAUUAAAAGUUCCCCUAUUAGUUCUUGACAGCAGUGUUCUUGCUCCUUAUGACUUUGGAGAUGACGGUGUGUCUGAAAAUGAUUCAGAUGAUGAGCAUGAAGAUUCUGGUGAAGAAGAGGGCACUUCCAAAUCAGAAGAUGAGGAUGAAAAUGAGGAGUGGGCUAGCAAUGUUGACACAAAAUCAGAUGCUUCCGAGGAUGAGGAAACUGAUGUGCAAUCUACAGCAGAAGCCCUUAUGAAGCUUAUACCAUUCAAUCUUGAGGAGUUUGAGAAGAGAGUAUCUGGAGAAUGUGAAAGUUCUUCCGAAACCAGCAAUUCUGAGCCUGUUGACAAUCAGACUGCUGAUGCAUCACAACGACCUUUGAGGAAAGGUGACCGUAUCAAGUACAUUGGGCCGUCGGUGCAAGUUGAAGCGGAUAACAGAGAGAUACCAACUGGGCAGCGUGGUGAAGUUUAUGAGGUUGAGAAAGGACGUGUAGCUGUCAUUUUAGACAAGGGGGAAAAGGAUGAUAGUACAGAGCAAGAUGCAAAACCUCCCAUAUACUGGAUUCAAGUAAAGGAUAUUGAGUGUGAUCAUGAUGCUCAGGCUGAGGACUGUUACAUUGCCGUGGAAGCUUUGUGUAAAGUUUUACAGUCACAGCAACCUCUCAUUGUGUACUUUCCAGAUUCCUCAUUGUGGUUAUCACGUGCAGCUCCAAAAUCCAACCGUGCAGAGUUUGUUAGCAAGGUUGGAGAAAUGUUUGACCAAUUAUCAGGUCCAUUGGUCUUAAUUUCUGGGCAAAACAAAGUUGAAACUGGUUCAAAGGAGAAGGAGAGUUUUAAAAUGGUACUCCCAAAUUUUGGACGCCUUGCCAAGCUGCCUCUUACAUUAAGAAGACUGACAGAAGGUUUUAAAGCAACUAAGAGAUCUGACGAAACAGAUUUAAAUAAGCUUUUUACUAAUGUAGUGUGCAUACAUCCUCCAAAGGAGGAAGAGCAACUUGUUACUUUCAAUAAACAGCUUGAAGAAGAUCGUAGAAUAGUAAUCUCACGCAGCAAUCUGAAUGAACUUCACAAGGUCCUUGAAGAGCAUGAACUGGCUUGUUUAGAGUUACUGCAGGUUGACACAGAUGGUGUGGUCCUGACAAAACAAAAGGCUGAAAAAGUUGUUGGUUGGGCCAAAAAUCAUUACUUGGCUUCAUGUGUUCUUCCCUCUAUUAGAGGGGAUAGACUCAACCUACCUUAUGAUAGCCUGGAGGUUGCAAUUUCGAGGUUAAAGGAGCAGGAAACGUUAACAAAAAAGCCUUCACAAAAGUUGAAGAAUCUUGCAAAGGAUGAGUACGAGAAUAACUUUGUUUCCGCUGUAGUUCCUUCUGGAGAAAUCGGUGUCCGGUUUGACGAUGUUGGUGCUCUUGAAGAUGUGAAGAAGACAUUAAAUGAACUGGUUAUUCUUCCAAUGAGAAGGCCAGAGCUUUUCUCUCAUGGCAAUUUGCUUCGGCCUUGCAAAGGGAUUUUGCUUUUUGGGCCCCCUGGAACUGGAAAAACUCUUCUUGCCAAAGCGCUUGCAACUGAGGCAGGAGCGAAUUUUAUUAGCAUUACUGGUUCGAAUCUGACUUCAAAGUGGUUUGGAGAUGCUGAAAAGCUGACAAAGGCUCUUUUUUCUUUUGCUAGUAAACUGGCACCAGUCAUUAUAUUUGUUGAUGAGGUUGACAGUUUGCUUGGUGCUCGUGGUGGUGCCGUGGAACAUGAGGCAACUAGAAGAAUGCGUAAUGAAUUUAUGGCAGCCUGGGAUGGGUUAAGGACAAAGGAUAGCCAAAGAAUCUUAAUCCUUGGUGCAACAAAUCGCCCAUUUGACCUGGAUGAUGCUGUUAUUCGUCGUCUGCCAAGACGGAUAUAUGUAGACUUGCCAGAUGUAGAAAAUCGAAUGAAAAUUUUGAAAAUAUUUCUUGCUCAAGAGAACCUUGAGCCAAAUUUUCGAUUUGAUGAGCUAGCAAAUGUGACAGAAGGAUAUUCUGGAAGUGAUUUGAAGAACCUUUGCAUUGCUGCAGCUUAUAGACCUGUCCAGGAACUUUUGGAAGAAGAGAAUAAGGCUGGUAAGAAUGAUACAUCAUCUAUACUACGACCACUUGGUUUGGAUGAUUUUGUUCAGUCGAAGUCUAAGGUAGGACCUUCAGUUGCCUAUGAUGCAGCCAGCAUGAAUGAGCUUCGAAAGUGGAAUGAACAGUAUGGGGAAGGUGGAAGCCGGAAAAAGUCACCAUUUGGUUUCUAAUAAAGCUUUAAAACAAUUGCAGUGGAAUGAACAGUAUAGAUCAGGUGGAAGCCCUUGUUGACCUUUUUGGAGACGAAUUUACAGCAGCCCUGUGAUUUUGAAAAUUGAUUAACAUGCAUCAAUCUCGUAGAUGUGAAAGGGCAGAGAAGGAUUUCAAGAAUACGUUGUGCAAAAGAUGACCAGGAUUUCUGUGCCCUCUAAACAAGACAAGCCUGAGCGUUUCUCCUCGUCUGGAGAGCAUGCUAUUUGAUUUACGGGCAAAACGUUUGACAUAAGCCUUGUAACUUAGAAAUAGGUUUAAUUAAAAUUUCAGUUCAGUUUUACAGAAAAGGAGAAAAAAAGGAACGUCUAUUGUUAAGGGGUUGAGAUUUAAAAGGCGGUUUACUCGUGUGUUGAGGGCAGGAGGUGUCUUGAAGGGAUGUUGCACACAGGCAUUACUCUAUGUAUAUCUUAUAAGUCUUGAUGCUUGUAAUAUUUUUUGAUCCUUUAUAAUGUGUAUUCUUCUUGAAACAAUACUUGUGUUAUGUAACGGAAACAUGGAAAUAUCUU